CCUCGGGUACCCUUCCUUUCUCAAGCUUUUCAACCGUCUUUCUUGCAUCGUACUCAGCUUGAUCCGAGCUUUGCUUCGCAGAAACCCCCCCGGGAAAGAAAGAAAGAAAGAAACGAUACAGCGAGCUCAAGACUCGAUAGAAGAGUCUCCUGCCUGAGGAAAGUCUUUCUGUGUGAAGAAUCAAGAAGAUGGGAGAGACUGCGAAUCACAACCAUGGGCCUCCGCCUGCACAGGGGGCGCCACCGCCUCAGCCACCGCCGCCGAACUUCGCUCUUUCUAGAGGACCCACUUGGGCUCCGGCCGAACAGCUCCACCAAGUCGACUAUUGCAUCCACUCUAACCCCUCAUGGCACGAAGCGGUUCUACUAGCAUUUCAGCACUAUGUCGUGAUGCUUGGAACAGUUGUUAUGAUUGCCAGCACUCUUGUGCCUCGUAUGGGUGGGGACCAUGGUGAUAAGGCGCGGGUGAUUCAGGCACUGCUUUUUAUGACGGGAAUCAACACUCUGCUUCAGACCCUUCUCGGGACAAGGCUACCUACUGUUAUGGGAGCAUCACUUGCUUUUUAUCUGCCGGUGUUAUCGAUUAUAAAUGACACUUUGGACAAGAGCUUCAAUUCAGAGCAUGAUAGGUUUCUGUACACAAUGAGGACCAUUCAGGGGUCUCUUAUCGUUUCUUCUUUUGUGAACAUCAUCCUUGGGUAUAGCCAGGCAUGGGGAAACUUCACCAGGUUCUUUAGUCCGGUUAUAAUUGUAGCGGUGGUUUCUGUGGUGGGUCUUGGUUUGUUCAUGAGGGGCUUUCCAUUGCUGGCUAAUUGUGUCGAGAUUGGCCUGCCGAUGCUAAUUCUUCUCAUCAUAUCUCAACAGUAUCUGAAGCGAAUCCGGCCUGGGGGCCAUCCCGUGCUGGAGAGAUAUGGUUUGCUCUUAUGCAUUGGUAUAAUCUGGGCAUUUGCGGCCAUCCUCACUGUGUCUGGAGCUUACAACAAUGUUGGAGAGCAGACGAAAACAAGUUGCCGCAUAGAUCACUCCUAUCUUUUGUCAUCUGCUCCUUGGAUUAAGAUUCCGUACCCAUUUCAGUGGGGUACUCCCGUAUUUAGAGCAAGCCAUGUCUUUGGGAUGAUGGGUGCGGCACUUGUUUCUUCUGCAGAGUCAACAGGUACGUUUUUUGCGGCAGCCCGACUUGCCGGUGCGACACCUCCGCCAGCAUAUGUGCUCAGCCGGAGUAUUGGCCUACAUGGUAUUGGGAUGCUGCUUGAAGGGAUAUUUGGUUCUGUUGUUGGUACAACUGCAUCAGUAGAAAACGUUGGCCUCCUUGGACUUACUCGCAUAGGGAGCAGAAGAGUGAUUCAAAUAUCAACUGCUUUCAUGAUCUUUUUCUCCAUAUUUGGGAAAUUCGGUGCCUUUUUUGCGUCUAUUCCUCUACCAAUAUUUGGCGCCAUCUAUUGUGUUGUAUUGGGAAUUGUUGUUGCCGUAGGGAUCUCAUUCACACAGUUUGCAAAUACUAACUCUAUGCGAAACCACUACGUUUUGGGCGUCACGUUCUUCCUUGCGAUAUCGAUAGCCGAGUAUUUUGCACUGAACACCUCUGCAGAGGGUGUUGGACCUGUCAAAACUCAGGGUAGAUGGUUCAACGAUAUUUUGAAUACCAUCUUCUCUUCAUCUCCGACCGUGGCGAUGAUAGUCGGAGUGCUGUUGGACAACACGCUCGAGGCGAAGGACACGGCGAGCGAGAGAGGAGUCCCUUGGUGGGCCCCCUUCCAGCGCAGGAAAGGAGAUGUCCGGAACGAGGAGUUCUACAGCUACCCUCUCAGGAUGCAUGAGUUAAUGCCCACCAGGUUUCUAUGAGGGUACUUCAGUUUCCUUGUACAUUUUGCAUAGAUUCCCAAAAAUGCCGUUGUGCUUGUAACACUCUCUGUUGAAUGAUGGAAUUACUCGUGUGCUAAUUUAGUUUUA